AGACUCUCAUAUAUAAUUUAUACAUAUGACAUUUCUAUUUCUAGAAGGUUUUUGUAGGUGGGGUUUUAGUCCGUGUUUGUUUAUACGAGGUGGAAGUCGUGAGUAUAGGAAGUGAAGGAUAACUUCUCCAAUAGUAUGAGAUCUUUUGGACGAAGGUAAAGCAAAAUCACAAGGCAGUAGAGGCACCUGUUGCUCCCACUAUUUGAAUAAAAAUUCAAAAUUCAAAAUCGUCUUGUAUUAGGUAACCUACGAUCAAAUUAGGUCGUGCGAACGUGAUGAUUAGGGAUGUGCCAUUUAAAAUUUGAUCUGACCCGACCCGACCCCAUACAAAACCAACUGGAAGAAGAAAAAUCCAUGGUCCUCCACACUUGCACCAUCAUCAGUAAUCGUGGUUGCAUGAUUUGAGCACAGCUUAGGCUCGUGAAUUAUAAUGAACCCAUUGUCUUUGCCAAAACACCAACCCUCAUAAAUGUCUUCCAUUAUUUAGACAGGUCCAAUCAGAUUAACAGUGCGGGGGUUCCAUUCCUACCCUAGUUCAAAAUUAGGAGACUUUUUAAAUUUACCCUUUUUUCCCCUUUUCUGAGUGGGGAUGAAUUCGCUAAUCUUUAGCUUUAGCCACAAUGAUGAAGCGAAUUGUCUCUCUCUUACUCUUUAUGUUGCUGGGGAAGGUGAAGUUGAAAAAUAAUGGUGGGAAGAAGGAAAAGAAAGAAAAAGGCAAUAAAGGGGUGUAGCUAGGGCAGAGGCUUUGAAGGUUGUCUGUACAGAAAACAAUGGCAAAAUUCCCUGUUGAAGUUUCGAAAUUGGGUUUCUGACUUCUGACUUCUGUAAGUCGUUUUGGUGGGACUGCCCCCUCCCUCGGCCUUCAUUGAUGCUGUCCUACCUGCUCACACUUCCCUUUUUGUCCGCUCACUAAUCUUUCUCUCUAAUGCACAGACACAGCAUUUUUAGCAAAAAGGGACAUGGCCCUCCGCUGACAUUGCCCCUAUUUAAUACCACAAAAUUUGCCAAUACCAAUUCCCAAAAAUGUUGAGUGAAAAAAGUAAACGAAGUCGGAAGCCCAUUAGCUUAGCUUUUAGAAUCCGUUUGGGGUUUAGGAGAAGUUUGACUAAUGCAAAAUUAGUAGUCGAUAGCCUCAAAAUGUGCAGGUGAAAAGUGCUGGACGUGGUGUGGGGAGGCCAAGGUUCAAAUGCUAUAARUAAUUCUGCAAAAGAAAACUGUCGUGUUUUUAAAGCGGUCCAUUCAAAUUCAUCCAUUUUUGUACUCUCAUUGACAAAAGAGGAGGAAAAAACGAAGGACCCGUGAUUUCAACUCCUUUUUCGCUUUAGCCAUGCUUUGGCUUAAGCAGAAACUCGAAAGCUGGAUUUGAAGGGGAGAGGGAAAUUAAAGAGAGAAAAAGGAAAAGAAAAAAGUAUCCAAACCCAAAGUUGCAAACAAGUCCAAGCCAUUUAGCAACUACGGCAGAUUGGGACCAUUGCAACUUAAGCCUCGUAGACCUGUGUGCUUAAGCUUAGCAUUAAUUAGUGUUAAGUUAGAUAAUUUGUACUCAGGUGACUGAUGAGGUGGGUUCACUUCACUUCAACUUCUCUGCUCUCUGUAUGGUCAGAUUAUUAUCGGUUUGAUCGGACGGUUGAGGCUUCAUGAUUCGGGGUUAAUCGACCGGUUCGGCUGUCCCUUGUGGCCCACAAGUACAUUGUACGAGUGUCACGUGUCGACUGAUUAUGUUGCAUGGCCCAUGUUUUUAUGUCUGCUGAUUAUAAGCACGAGAGGCUCCCAAUACAGAAGCAUAUGCAUAUCAUCUGCAAAUAAAACCUUCAGUCUUCAGUCUUCAGCCACAGCCACAGCCACCACCUCUUUCGUUCAGCCUCAGCCUGCUUUUUCCACUCAAAAUUCCAUCUUCUAGCUAGCAACAUUAAAAAACAAUGAGAGGAAAUGAGAAACUAUAGGAUGGCAAAACGGCAUUGUUAUCCAAUUUCAAUUGCACACUCGAUUUCUUCAGGGUAUCAAAACUCUUCCUCAAUUCUUCUUGAUUCCCUGUACUGCUUGGAAGAGCAGUGGGAGGAGGAACCCAAGCACGAAGCUAACUCAGUAUUAAAUGUUAAUAUCCACUCCCCAAACUCCGUCGUUUUGUCGGAGAGGGACUUUCUCUGGGAGGACGAGGAGCUGGUCUCUCUGUUCUCAAAGGAGACCAAAAAUAAGYUCCACAACACUCUCCCACAAAAUCCCCUUCUUGCCGCGGCUCGAGCCAAGGCUGUGGACUGGAUACUAAAGGUUAAUGCCCACUACUCUUUCACUGCCCUCACCGCCGUUUUAGCCGUUGAUUAUGUCGACAGAUUUCUGUCCAGCCCCCACUUUCAGAUUGGCAAGCCCUGGAUGACCCAUCUCACCGCAAUUGCUUGUUUAUCUCUUGCCGCCAAGGUGGAGGAAACCCAAGUUCCCCUUCUCUUAGACCUUCAGGUUGAGGAAAAUGAGUACUUUUUCGAAGCGAAGACGAUUAAAAGAAUGGAGAUUCUUGUUCUCUCUACGCUUCUUUGGAGAAUGAAUCCGGUGAACCCACUUUCCUUUCUUGAUUAUAUUGUAAGACGGCUCGGUUUGAAGGACCAGCUCUGUUCAGAAUUUCUCUGUAGAUGUGAGCGAUUACUUCUCUCUGUCAUUUUAGAUUCUAGAUUCGUAUGUUUUCUUCCAUCGGUAAUGGCAAGCGCCAUUAUGCUUCGAGUUAUCAACGACGUAGAACCCUGCGUCGCCGUUAAAUACCACGACCAGCUUCUGGGUUUUCUUCAAGUCGACAAGGAUAAGGUAGAGGAUUGCUCGCGGUUCAUCACGGAAGCAUCCAGAGGACACAUAAACGAAUUUGAAUUUAAGAAACGAAGAUUUGGUUCAAUCGACAUGUCGUGUGUCUCAAACGGUCGGAAUCGGAAUGUCGACUCGCCGGAGGCAGCAACUAAGAAGAGUAAGGUUGAUGAACAGCCACGGUAGACAAUCAAUUUUACGACAGCUGCAGAUUUUUUCCAGCAUUCCUUCGCUUCAUUUAAUUAGCCUAUAUCUAGCUCUGUACUUUUUGUUUUUCUCGUACGCCAAAAGUGUACGUUUAAUAAUUAAUAUAUAAUUUCUUAUAUUAUCAAGUCAA